CGAAGCUCGGCAGCCAUUCCUUCCUAGCAGAGCUCUGACCAGCAAUGUGACGCCACAUCAGACUCACUUCAUGCUGUUAGCUAACAAUAUAUAACCGCACAUGGUUCUGCUCGGGUAGAGGAACGGGAAAGAAGUGUUCGUCUACCGGAUUCAUCAAUAACGAGCCAUCAUGGAUGCAGUGAACGCGUUCAACAGCGAGUUAUUCUCCAUGAUUGACAUGAAGCCUCCAAUAUCCCGUGCUAAGAUGAUGUCUGUAACAAAAUCAGCCAUCAAAGCUAUCAAGCUUUACAAACAUGUUGUCCAGAUUGUCGAAAAGUUCAUCAAGAAGUGCAAGCCAGAAUUAAAAGUCCCUGGUUUGUAUGUGGUGGAUUCAAUUGUUCGACAGUCGCGGCAUCAGUUUGGUGUUGAGAAGGAUGUAUUUGGGCCCAGAUUCUUGAAGAACUUCACAGAAACCUUCCAAAACCUUUACCGCUGCUCAGAGGAUGAUAAGAGCAAAAUUGUCCGUGUCCUGAACCUGUGGCAGAAGAACGGUGUGUUUGACAUGGACAUCAUUCAGCCUCUGAUGGAUAUGGUCAAUGGAGCCAUUGUACCUGGACCUGAACUGGAGGUUGGAGUUCCCGCUUACCCCCAACCAGAGACACAGCGUCCUGUCACUAGUGCCUCAGUUGUGCCUGCAGUGCCCCAGCUACCAGGUCCUGAUGCCUUAGCUGCUGUGGCACAGCUUUUUCAGUCUCCACAUGGUCAGGAGCUGCAGAGGAUGCUCCAGAACUUCCAGCAGGCAGAUAAGACCCUGGCAGCCACCAUUGCAAACGACAUACCAAUCCAACCCCAGAUGCCUGCGGCCCAGCUCAACCCGUACAGUGCACACUCAGAAAAGAAAAGCUCUUUAGCUGAGAAACUCCUUGACCGUUUUGACUACGACGAUGAACCUGAGGAUAUAAUAGCUAAAGAAGGCAGUGCCCAGUCACAGGGGAUUCCUGGUCAGAUGCCCAACCCAGAGAAUGUUCAUCCACAUAUGACGGGACAGACCGGUGGUAUAGAGCAUGGUGGAGGAAUGAGUCACGGUGAACAUCAUAUGAUGCUAGAUGGAUAUCGCUCCUUAAAUGAGGCUUAUUCGCAAUCACAGGGAAAUUCAAGAGAAGACUCAACUGUGAGGCGGGAGGGCAGACACAGAGGCUACGGCAGGAGAUCAAGAUCCAGAUCGGGUUCAAGAUCCCCCAGGAGGAGAAGAUCAAGAUCUACAUCCCGCUCAAGAAGGUCGAGGCAUCGACGCUCUCAUUCUCGCUCCAGAGAACAGCGCCCGAGAUCUCGCUCUCGUUCUCUGGACAAGAAGGACAGAGAGCGCAGACAGAAAGGUCUUCCCACUUUAAAGAGCCAGACACUCAGUGUUUGCAGCACUACACUUUGGGUUGGACAACUAGACAAGAAAACUCAGCAGGCCGACGUGAUGUCCCUUUUGGAAGAGUUCGGCCAGAUUGAUUCCAUCAAUAUGAUUCCUCCGAGGGGUUGUGCCUAUAUUGCUAUGGUUCACAGACAAGAUGCCAAUACAGCCUUGAACAAACUCAGUAGGGGGUCAUACAAAGUCAAUCAGAAACCUGUUAAGAUUGCUUGGGCUUUGAACAAAGGUAUAAAAUCAGCGCACAAAAAGUUCUGGGAUGUGGAGCGAGGAGUUACCUACAUUCCCUGGACCAAAGUCAAAGUUGAGGAGUUGGAGAGCUAUCGGGAAGGGGGUAUACUGGACACAGAGACACUAAAUCCAGAGUGGAAUAAUGGCAAGGACCUCAUUAAGCAGGCAGCUGUAAAUGGAGCUCUGGAAAGUGUACCAGCAGAUGGAACCGUCACUGCUCGCAUUCAGUUGCCAUCGGUUCAACAGGCAGCACCGAUUGGAAGUCCACCUGCUUUUCCUAGCCCCAUCAUGCUGUCCCCUACAUCCAUGCCUCCAGGAGGAGCUCCUUUCAUCCCUGCAGAGUUUGACCCGACAAAGUUGGCACCAGCAGGAAGUGUAAAACCUCCAGAGGAGUCCACCAAGGAUUCUAAAGGAGACGUCACAGUUACACCCUCAGAUCUGGGCACCGACAACCAGCUGGGGUCUCCUUCAGCACCGAUGAUGACCCUGCCUGGCCCAGGAGUCAUGCAGGGUCCCAGACCGGGUAUGCCACCUAUGCAGCCUCCUCCCGGCAUGCCGAGUCCUCAUCAUCUACCUCGAUUCCUCUCACCUCCAAACAUGCCACACAUGCACCCGCAAAUGAUGCCCAGAGGACCCAUGUUUCCACCAGAUAGGUUCAGAAUGCCUAUGCCCUUUCCUCCUCGUGGCCCUCCUUUCCAUCGACAUCCUUCUAUGCGACCAGAGGGCAUGGUUGACAGAGAAGGUAUGCGUUUCCGAAAUGGGAGACCAGGGUUUGGGUGCCCACCCUUCCACAGAGGUGGAAGGUGGUAGAGGGCGGGUGAAUGAAGGACCUGAGGGGAGAGGAUGCUGAAUCACUGUGACAGAUACUGAUAAGUAUCAGGACAUCUGGUUCAACAAGGACUGCUGUGAACACUUGGAGGUGAAUAAACUUGUGUUCAGACUUUAUUUUACACCACCAGAAUCUUUUCUUAAUGUCAAAUAGGGAAAAACAAGACACAGUGUUCUGAAUGUGGUUCAGGUUCCUUCAAGUUCACCAGAGAAGAGACUCUUUGCUGUAAAUACUGUAUGUGCUUGUAGCUGUUUGCUAUCUUUUUGUAUAUUUGAAGUUGUGUAGUUUAUGCUUAAGUCUAAUCUUAGUAGUUGGAGGUAUAAACAAAGGCAAAGUCUGUAUUUUUGAGCUUAUUCCCUCACCAUAGUUUUUGUGUAUGGAAGGAGACUGUAAAAAUCUAUAAUUCAUACCUUUUCGGUAUUUUGUUUUUAGUAAAAUGCCUUUGUAACACACUGAUGUUUAAGUCUUCAGCAGAGAAAUUGGAUUUCAUUUGAAGCAGAUUUCAUGUCCUGCCAGUAGAGGGUAGAGUAAACCCUGUUACCAUGGCCAACCUCUGUUGUACAUUAAGGUCACACCUUGUAGGAUCAUGUGCAGUGAAUAUUAAAAAGAGGUACUACCAUUUGA